UUUGACGUUUCAUCGUUGAUAAAUGACGAAUAGGUUUCAUUUUUGUACAAUAAUUGUGUUAGUAUAUAAGAGAAUGAAUCGGAAACUUUAGUUAGUCGCAUAUAUUAUCGGUUCAAGUAAAGAUUUCGUAGACAAUUAACAAUGGAAUUUCCACAUAUUGGGAAGAAUUGUUCAUAUAAAUCUUGCAACAAAUUGGAUUUCCUACCAAUGAAAUGUGGUGCAUGCAAAGAGAUAUUUUGUUCUGAACACUUUGGGUAUGUUAAACAUGAGUGUCCGGAGCCGAACACUCGUGAUGUUCAGGUGCCUGAUUGUCCUCUAUGUGGUGCACCUGUUCCUGGCCGAAGGGGAGAGCCUCCAGAUGUGGCAGUCGGAGCUCAUAUAGAUAACCAGUGCACUUCUGAUCCAGCUAAAGAAAGGCGGAAAAAGGUAUUUACAAACAAAUGUUCAUACAAAGGAUGCAAAACAAAAGAAAUGGUACCUCUUGUGUGCAGCGAGUGUUCCCUUAACUACUGUUUAAGACAUAGACAUACCUCCGACCAUGCUUGUGAAGGGAAAUUGGCUGCUAAGAGAAGACAGGCUGCUGAUGCUGCAAUGGCAAGAAUGAAGGCAAAUAUGAACAUAAAUCGAAACACUCCUCGACCCGCUGCAGUCCCGGUCACCACAUUUACAGAUAUACAAGGAAAUAUGACUGAAGACGAAGCUUUAGCCCACGCUUUAGCGAUGUCAAUGCGAGAUGAAAACGAUAUACAAACGAGGGAUACAAACUUUGCGCGUGCGCUGCUUCGUCAAAGAGUAGGCGGCGAACAGAACUCACGCUGUUCCGUUUCUUAGCACAUACAAUACGACUACGAUAACAUGAUAUGUAUGAAACAUUUAAAAUAUAUAUAUAUUAGUAACAUUUUUUGAAAAAAAAACUUUUCAGCAC